AUGUAUGGACCGGAUUCCCAAAUAUUAGAAAGAGACAAUUGGUCGAGCUCAAUAUCUAGUUUACAAUAUUCUCUGGCUCUUUGUAUACCAGCAUCGUGUACAACAGAAGAAAGUAUUAAUGCGUUGCCGUUCCAAGUCAGUGAAACUGGAUUAAAUUUUGAAGAACGAUUCUGUCGCCUUCCCAACGACAAGCCUUGGGCACCGGUUGAUUAUGUUGCAUUAGUAAUAUUCUCUAUAAUUGGUAUUCUGACCUGUCUUAGUACCAGCUAUGAUUUAUAUUACACGAAGAUUCUUAAAAGGGCAAAAAUCCUAUUGAAACCUUCCAGUGGUCAAUUUCACCAAACGCUCUUUGGA